ACAAACUGGAUUGACAGGACGCUUGCAGCAGCACCCCAUGUAAAUAGCAGUGGGAGGCCGUAGUUGCUAGUCAGCCGUCGGGUGGAGAUAGAAAGCGUAAAGGCGUGGGCCGAGGACCGGAAGAACAGUUAACUAGAUAUCUACGGCAUAAACGGUUGUUUUUUGAUUUACGCAUCAUCAACGUCUAGCAAACAACACUUGCAAGCAGCACGGCAAGCAGCGACGAUGCCUGAUAGAGAGCAACUGAUACAGAAAGCUCGGAUGGCCGAGCAAGCUGAGCGGUACGAUGACAUGGCCUCAGCGAUGAAACAGGUGACAGAGCUCGGGGAGCCUCUGAGCGAUGACGACCGCAACCUGCUCUCGGUGGCGUACAAGAACGUGGUGGGAGCCAGGCGUUCUUCAUGGAGGGUGACCUCCAGCAUCGAGGCCAGGGUCGUAUCCGACGACAACGAGAAGAAGCUGGAGCUGGUGCGCGCUUACAGGGAGACCAUCGAGAAGGAACUGGAGACCGUCUGCCAAGACGUCCUAACCCUCCUCGACCAGUUCCUCAUCAAGAGCUGCGACGCUGAGCAGCUGGAGGGUAAGGUGUUCUACCUGAAGAUGAAGGGAGACUACCACCGCUACCUGGCCGAGGUGGCCACGGGCGACAAGAACGCGGCCGCCGUCCAAGCCUCCGAGGUGGCGUAUCGGGAGGCGUACGAUAUCAGCAAGGGCAUGGCUGCCACCCACCCUAUCCGCCUGGGCCUGGCUCUCAACUUCUCCGUGUUCUACUACGAGAUCCAGGGAGCUCCGGAGCAGGCCUGCCAGCUGGCCAAGGAGGCUUUCGACGAGGCCAUCGGACACCUGGAGAACAUGAAAGAGGACUCCUAUAAGGACUCGACCCUCAUCAUGCAGUUGCUGCGGGACAACUUGACCUUGUGGACCACUGACCAGCAGGCCACCGAGGAAGUGGGGGCCAAUGAAUGAGGGCCCCCCCCCCCCUUGUCCCCUCCUCUUCUACCUUGGAUAGUCGUUAGCUAGAGUAGCCACGUCAUGUCAUCAGCCCAUUCUGAUUCCCCUUUUGUCUUUUCUUCUUCUUCUUCUCCUCUCUCCCCGUCCACUUCCUCAUCCGCCCCCUCUGUCUCAUCGUGUCGUCACGGUGACCUACUUGUGGGGAAAAAAAGAGGGUUUUUGUCAGUUAAGGCCUGCUGCCCGUCCUCCAUUCUUGCGUUUCCUUCUCUCCCGUGUUCACAAGCUCACCUCGACUCUCACUCCCUGUCACUCUCUCUUUGUCUGUCUCUCUCUAUCGGUCUAUCUUGCUCUCUCUGUCCCUCUCUCUCUGUGUUGGUCUAUCUCUCUCUCUCUCUCUUGCUGUCUCUCUCUCUGUGUUGGUCUAUCUCUCUCUCUCUUGCUGUGUCUCUCUCUCUCCCCUCCCUCCAAGCUUUCUGAGCCUGGCCCACUUCCUGUGCACUGGUGAUAUUUGUCCCCUCCUUUCCCCAUUCAUUGUUGCUGAUAAUGAACCGAUUGGUUGGUAUUCCAGUGACAUUUAUACAGGAAGUUCUGCGAGGACCAUUUAGUAUGUCUAUCACAAAAUUGGGUGUCUGUAAAACGCUAAUUAGGGAAAUGAUUGAUUUGUUCAGUUACCCAUCUACAUUCAUUAGAAUGUUGUGCUUUUCCUUGACUGAACCCUGUUGCUGUAAGACUUUUGUCUGGUGGCCCAUCCUCUCUGUCCUGUGUGUUGUCAUUGACACGCCCUUAUAAGGGCAGUUUGUCUUCACGGGUGAUUGGACGGCGUCUGGUUUUUCAGUUCCAGUCGCCGAAUAAUAAAAACAUAUUUUGUUUUUAUUAUCAUUAUUAUUAUUAUUGUUAAUGCGUGGUCAUUAAAACAAUGCCAUUAAAACAUUACCUACCAUGGGAA